AUGAACAAGACUAAGUAUCCUUGUCGUCAGUUAAACAGCAAGGCCAUACAAAGUGCAGCAUUAUGCUUUGUGAGUCCGAUAAUCGUUGGAAAGUGUAGUAUUGUAAAAGCGCAAUGCGUAUGCAAAAUCGACGAAGGAGGACUACAGAAAGCCUGGAAUGACGUCUGUAGAACUAGAGACGCUUGUGAUAAGGCCAUUUGUGGUAAGAAUCUUCUCUUUUCAAUGUACUAUGUUGCUUUUCGCGAUUAUAGAAGUUCUUUUUGCUUAAGAACGAUGUUUAUAUCUCUUUCACAGGGGUGAGAAAUGUAGCAUUUUUCUUUGGAGCAAUCAGUGCGCAAGGCCCCAAAAAAAGCCGAGGAAAAAAAGCAGCAACUUUGGAAGAGUACGAAAGCGAGGCAAGCAACGAUGAAACAUUGACAUCAAGUCAAGUUGCAAGUACGGCCAGUCAAAACUGGAUUACUGAUUAUCCGACCAUCGUCAAUGAAAAGUUAUGCCCAUGCAUCAAUUACUGGAUAGCCUUAACGACGCCAAAUGGUGCCCCGGCCAACCCCCUUGUAAUCCACCGAGCGCUCUUUGAAUGCGACGUGGAGACUGUGGCACAACAGGUAUUAAUUGUAAAUGUUCAAUUACACAUCUUUUCUUCAGUGUAUUUCAUGAACCAAUUUAUACCAUCAUAUUCGAGACUUGAGCUUUUUUUCUGUCCGUUUUUAAUAACUUAUCACUAAAAACCAUUUGAAAACCAACGUAACAACAUACACGGAGAAAACAUCUUGAGAAAAGGGAUAUCCAUCUCAUGAUAAAGUUGGAAAAUUCGUAGUCAUUAUUCAAUAUUUACACACAUUCAAAAAUACAAAAUAAGCAGACUCAAGUUUUUUAACAGUGCCACUGUUCUGUUCUGUUCUCAGGUACCCUGUUAUGAAGGAAAAGAAUCGGCGGCUAUGAAAGAACUGUUCAGGGUAUUGAAAGAUCAUAAAAACCAAAUGAUUCAGGAAUUAGUGAACGCUUCGUACGGAAAUUGCUUCCGGAAUGAAAUGGACAGCUUGCUGAGCGAAGAAGAUUUUAUGGACUCACAAGACUGUGGGACAGAGAAGGUGGCUAGAGUUUGGCUCACAAAUUCGUGCUUCGGGUCUACUUUGAAACGUUCAAUCACCAAGCUUCAAGAUGCAAAGUUGCAGAUCGAUAUGUUUGGCUUUCACGCGGACAAUCCACAGAGUGGAGAUGAAGAAACACGACUUUCGGAUAAACUGACUGUGCUCGUGAACGACAUAGGACUGGCAAUGAAAAAGAUGGAGUACGCCCUCUUUCGCGGAAAAAUGUACAAGAAAGUUCCAUCGGCCAAGUACACUUUCGCUUACAAAUGCGAAGUUCGCGUUUUCAUCAAUAGCCUUGCAGCGAACGAGUUCUUUAAAGCACGACUGCUAAAGGACACGAGAAAGAUAAUCGACAUCCUUUCCGACCCAGACUGCGAGGUGAUACGUCCGAUCUCCAUCGACUACAAUCUCAUCGAGGUAGAUGGUGGACACUGCUGGUCCAUCAAAGAAAGGCGCUUUGUUAAUAACCCUAUUGCAGACGAGAAGAUGGGCGUCAUUUCACCGCGGGCGUUUACCAGGUACGAUCCAGACAAAGAGCCCGACCCAAAAUACUUCAAGGAGAUUUUGGAGAACAGCCUCUCACAAGCGGAAAUACGUGAAUUUUGCGAGGAUUUCCUCAAGCUGCUCAACUUCAACAAGAAAUGCCACAAGGAUAAAGUUCCCUGUCUAAUUGGUGAUGCAAACAGUGGCAAAACGAGCCUUUUCCAUCCCAUUCUCGGGAUCGUGCACCACACAAAUAUUGCAACAAUCACCAAGCAGAGGGUAUUCAACAAGGCCAUGAUCUCGAAAUCCACCGAAGUGAUCUUUAUUGACGAGGCUUCCACGUCAACUAUGGACAUUGACGAUUGGAAGAUCUUAACCCAGGGAGGCUACACCGCAUGCGAUGUGAAGUAUCAAACAGCAAAGUCCUUCAUCAAUCGCUGCCCCAUGUUCUUGACAGCACAAACCAAAUUGCAGUUCAAACCUGAAGACCAGCCCGCGAUGGAUCGUAGACUUCGAAACUACAGCUUCAAAAGUCUCCCGGCUCCCAAGAAAAGCGCCACGGCAUGGUUGCGAAGACAUCCGAUGGAGUGCAUCGUGUGGGCUGCAGCGCAAGCCAGGGCAUGCAUGACAUCAGAUUCAGAGGACGAGCUAAGUGAUGAGGAAAGCGCAGAUGACGGAGUAUUGGCAGCGACAGACAAGGAACAGAUUCGCGCGUUGUGCAUGGACGGGUACUGGACGAACGUGAUGGUUCACCUGUCGGGUGAGUGUGCAGGGUGCAAACGGACGAGACUGAGGAUGAUUCGGACGCGAGUAGUCAGAAUGACCAGACCAUCAGUGCAUUGAGACGAGUUAUGGAGCAGUGCUCUCAGGCGUCCCUCCGACACCGCCAAGUUUCAGCCAUGUUGCAAAGCGCGACUCAGCGAGCGAGACAGACAGAGGCAGGCAGAGGAAGCGGUGUACCGGCGCAGACAGGAAAAUCUCUUGUCGAAAAGGAGUCGCACGCGAACAUGUGGCCCUACUUCCAAGGGAUACAUCGGAACCCAUGCCGACACAAAUUGAAAAUGAUCUGACAGCCUUCAGGCAGCAGACUCUCAAGAAGACUUGA